GUAAGGCAAAAUAACCACCAGCUGCACUUUACAUCCGCACUCUACAUCCGCACACACGACAGGUCAACGUGGGGGCUCCGACUGUUCCGCCAGGCCCCACGAUAGAGUUGAAAGUGUGAAGUGUCGCCGUCUGCGCGAAACAUGCCGGAAACAGAUGGAGGCAGCCACAGGGACCUGACGGGCACUCGGGAGUCGGCUACAGUCACGUGAGACUGCAACACGCGGCACGGAACUGGCUCCGAAGGGCGCAGCUGGACACGGCACGGGCUGGUUAGUGUGUAACGAUGUGGUGGCGCAGGCAUCAUUCGCGGGCCCAACCGUGCCUUGUCUUCAAGGCUGUACCUGGUUGCCAGACUCACCAUACGUACCGCUCUCCAGCCCAGUGCCCACGAUACCCACGACACCCGCAGGUGGCAGACUACCACUAUUUCCAAGUCACAGUUCCCUUGUCUUCCUCGUCGCCCCUGCUCGCUGAGAAUUAUACAGCAUGUCUUUGGCCAGAAUUCAAACAGAAGGGUUGUGCCACCUCUUGCAGCCAGCUAUGUAAGUACACUAUGUAUACUGUGUAUACAUAUCCAGCUUGUAUGUACAUACAUUGGUACAUGCAGUCUGUAUACCUCCCCGGUCGUUGGUGAUCCAAGCGCGUGGCUGGCCAGAUGUGCUUACAUACUUGCCUGCUUACUUACA